UAAUACACCAAUCGUUGUUAAUAGACGAUAACGAGGGGCGAUUGUCGCACGAAACGACGAAUAAAAAAUAAAUCGAGUUUGUUUGUGUGAUCGACUCGGUUUAGUCGUUGUCCAGGUAUGCAAAGAGACGAAUGAUUCGUCGGUCUCUGACCAUGCAGAUUAUUCGGGGGAUAAUAGCGGCGAAAUUAUUAUCAGGAUGACUCGACCCAUUCGUACAAACAAGCGACCUUCCGGAGGUGGACGAAGGGACCGGGAAUGAUUCAACGAUCGUGAUGGUGACCGAACUCCACCGAGUUUUAAUGGUUGAACGGAGAAGCGCGCGCGGUAGGAGCAUCCAACCUCGUCAAUAUCGUUUUGUCCGGUGAACCGUACGACACGAACAGUCUCGCUUCUUCUUCGUCCAUCUAUGCGGAGCUGGAUCGCGCAGGGAAAGGAACAAAGUUAGUUCGACUGUACAGAAACAGUGCCUCUUCCCGUUUAAGCCCGUUAUCGGUGUCGCGUUGGAUUGUAUGGCGGAUAUAGAGUGUCGCGAGGCACCGGGAACGCGUAAGUUCGAAAGACACUCGCGAGAAGAGGAGAAGCACGAUCAACGGUACCGAAAGCAAAGUUUACGGUGGUUCGGUUCGCUUUGGACAAUUAAUCUUGCCUCGUUACCGUGUCUCACGAGCGCGACUAAUUCCCGACGAGACGUUCGCGUUCGUUUUCUCUGCUCGUCGACGCGUACACGUUGUUUUUCUUCCUGCAUCGUUCGAACAUCCACGACCAACGAAAUUUGGACUACGGUUCGAAACACCUCGAGGCUCUUGGGGAUGCCUUAUCAAAGAAAAAUGUGGCCCACGCCGUGUGUGUGUAGCGUCUAGAGCAGAAAUCACCGUGUGACUUUGCUGCAGGGCCAUGGCUGUGAAAGAAUGGUUCAGAAGACUGCAGCCGGUCCAGUUGUACCUGGUCCUCUUCUUCACCACCGCUUUCUUCAUCGUCGAGAUCGUUGCUAGUCACGUGACCCACUCUUUAACGUUGCUGCUCAACGCCUAUCACAUGCUGUGCAACGUAAUCGCACUUGCUGGCUGCAUCGCCUCGAUCAAGUACAGUCAUCGUCAAAGCGGUACCAGCUUCAGGAAUAGCAGCAAUUCCAGUUCGUUAGGGAAUUCCGUAAUUUGCAUCAACAAUGAAGAUCGAGGUUCAGCGACAUCCCUGUCGACGAAGACCAAGCAAUCACGAUCGGACAGAAGGAUGAAGAACACUUUUGGAUGGGCUAGGAUAGAUAUUUUGACCAUGCUCGUCUGCUGCGUUUUCCUCGCGUCGUUCUGUUUCUCGUUGUUGGUGGAGGCAUUGCAGACUCUGGUGCACAUAGAUCACCUGGACGAAAUGCAUCAUCCAAUGCCUGUUCUAGCCAUUGGUGCAUCCGGGAUCCUGCUCAAUGCAUUUUGUUACAUACUGAUAGGGGGAUACACUUUCAAUCAGGGCAUCGUGCUGCACGUCACGAUGAACGGAGACGUCAUAUAUCGAAGAAAUGUCGAUUCCCAGCAGAUGACGGAAGGGGAACGACAGCUGUCUACGCAAACCAGACGUAGUCCACUGGGUAUACCAAAGAGCCAAGGUUUUCGAGAAACAUGUCGCGAUGUCCUUGGCUGCGUGUUCGUGAUGUUAGUGUCUACUUUAGUGUAUUUCACUGACUCCAACGUAGCCAAAUACAUCGAUCCCCUGUUUGCCUUUAUCUCCUCCAUUUCCCUGUUCGUUCUUAGCUAUCCCUAUAUGAAAGAAUCCGGACUAAUACUUCUUCAAACGAUCCCGAAUCAUAUAAACAUCGACUCCCUUAAAAGGGAACUGCUGGAAGCGUUUCCAGGCAUCGUGAACGUUCACGACUUGCAUGUGUGGCAGCUGACGGGCCAAAAGACAAUAUCUACUGUACACAUCAUAUUCUUGGAUCCGACGGUUUAUGCCAGCAUUACCAAUCAAGUCACAGAAUUUUUCAUAGAAAUGGGGAUUACCCAAGUGACUAUACAACCUGAAUUUCACAAGAUGAAACCGAAUAUGGAGAAGACUGGCUGCUUGAUUCGCUGCCAUGGGGAGCACUGCAGUUCCUCCCAAUGUUGCUCCAAAGAAAAGUUCAUGGAGGACUCGUGUACGGGGGUUUCUGUGCUGCAAAUGCAAUCUAUAAGCAAGAAGCUCGAGGAAACAGAGAUUCUUCCGGCCUCGUCUGUGGGGGAUCCAAAAAACUCUACUGUUCGCGAUAACGACGAUAAUUCUCAACCUGCGUGUCAGUCGAACGAUGGACAAGUACAAACCGACGACGAUAACGCUGUGAAUAGUGUUUCCUAUGCAGUAAACGUAGAAGUUAAUGACCAGAAAUGCACUACGAGCCAGAGUGACCUGGAUCGCGACGUCUCAUCUUGAACACAAAGAUUUAUUGUAUUUUUAACGAGGAGGAACUAAUUAACUAGAAUUUUUUAUACCCCGAAUACCUAGACUUGUACCUGCAAUCCUGAACGUAGCAUAAAUCUCUAUAGCAACGACCUAAUAUCCUUUUCUAUGUUUCGUUUAAAGACACGUGACAUUCUGGUGGAAACAAAACGAAAAAAAAGCAUAUAUUUUUUAUAUAAUCAACCGUUUAGAAGUUAUUCGAGGAAAUAGAUUUAAGUUUCACGUUCGAAAAUGAGUGUAAGAGCGGUAUGAAUAUGAAAAUUCGUCGAGUAUGUGUGUAUCUUACCCUAUUCUGGAUAAAAAUUUCUACGACAUUACUCACGAUUACAGGUAAACGCGAACGUAUCGGCCUACUUUCGAUCAUCGAGUACCAACGACCUCAGCUCAUUCACAGCUAGAUAAUGCUAAUUUGAAAGUCAUAGUUACGUCGACCUCUAGAUAUAGGACACUGUGAAUUCAACAACCUGCUACUUUUAUAGUAAUA